AUAAUUGUCACUCACUGAUCUACUCCUUAACCUCAAAUCUCUUCCUGAUUAUAAAAUCUGCCGCUGAUUCAAUUUCCAAAUCUUUUAAUUCAACAAACGCUUUUGGUUGAGACCCCAUUCAGAGUUCUCUUAAUCAAGGAAAUUUCAAGGAUUCGAACAAUGGCAACCAAUUCUUCUAAUGGGGAUCACCAAACAUCAACAAAGGCACCACCCUUGCCAUCUCCCUUGCGUUUUUCCAAAUUCUAUCAGUCCAAUAUGAGAAUUUUGGUUACUGGAGGAGCUGGCUUUAUUGGCUCUCACCUAGUGGACAGAUUGAUGGAAAAUGAAAAAAAUGAGGUAAUAGUUGUUGAUAACUACUUCACUGGAUCCAAAGACAAUCUCAAAAAAUGGAUUGGCCAUCCAAGAUUCGAGCUCAAGCGUCAUGAUGUCACAGAGCCUUUGUUGGUUGAAGUUGAUCAGAUUUACCACCUUGCAUGUCCCGCUUCUCCUAUCUUCUACAAAUACAAUCCUGUCAAGACGAUCAAGACAAAUGUGAUUGGCACACUGAACAUGCUAGGGCUUGCAAAACGAGUUGGUGCAAGGAUUUUGCUUACAUCAACAUCAGAAGUAUAUGGAGAUCCUCUUGUGCAUCCACAACCUGAAAGCUACUGGGGCAAUGUUAAUCCCAUAGGGGUACGGAGCUGCUAUGAUGAGGGAAAGCGUGUGGCUGAAACUUUGAUGUUUGAUUAUCACAGGCAGCAUGGAAUAGAAAUACGUGUUGCAAGAAUCUUUAACACAUACGGACCACGCAUGAAUAUUGACGACGGCCGUGUUGUCAGCAACUUCAUUGCGCAAGCGCUUAGGGGUGAAGCAUUGACCGUCCAAUCUCCAGGAACACAAACUCGCAGUUUCUGUUUUGUCUCUGACCUGGUCGACGGCCUUAUUCGUCUCAUGGAAGGGGAACACAGUGGUCCAAUCAAUCUUGGAAACCCAGGUGAAUUUACAAUGACGGAACUCGCUGAGACGGUGAAGGAGCUUAUCAAUCCAAACGUGGAGAUAAAGAUGGUAGAGAAUACUCCUGAUGACCCUCGACAGAGAAAACCCGAUAUAACGAAAGCUAAGGAAUUGCUUGGUUGGGAACCCAAGGUCAAGUUGCGGGAUGGCCUCCCUCUUAUGGAAGAGGAUUUCCGCCUCAGGCUUGGAGUUGAUAAGAAGUAAACUGUUGUUUACACCUCGUGUCUUGUCCAACCGCAAGGAGAGAAUAAGUGUGCGUUGACCCUGAAAUUCAGGUGUCCAAAGUAAUUGCAUUUGUCCAAGGUCUUUUUUUCCCCCUUCUUUUUCUCGUCUUUACUGGUUAAAUUCAUGUUGCUCCAAAUUUUGUCUCUGAAACGAUUAUUUUGUUGAGUUAUAUUUCACAUCAAGGCAACCUUGAUGUCAGUUUCGAUUUAAAAUCAUCUUUUAGAGCAUUAA